UGCCAUGACAACGAGUUGUGGAACACAUUGAAAUAACCAUAUAUUCAAAACUAAUAUUGCUGCUUCAAUAUGGACUAUUUACAAAUAAAAGACGGCCAGUAUACUAAAACUAUUUACACUAUGAUAAAAGAUGGGAGAUACGACGAGGCAAUCAAAGCUUUGAAUGACGCUAUGAAUUUUACCCCGAAUCGCGCUGGACUCUCUCUUCUCGGGUAUUGCUACUUCCGAACACAGGCCUUCGUCGAAGCAGCCAACUGCUACGAACAACUGACGGCAAUGCAUCCAGACAUGUCAGAAUAUAAACUUUAUUUCGCUCAAGCUCUAUAUGAGGCUUCUAUGUUUGACGAAGCCUAUAAAGUUACAAUGCAGAUUUCCUCUCCAGAAUUAGAAAGAAAAGUCGUUAAAUUGCAAUCCGCAAUUAAAUAUGGUGAAGAAGACACCAUUUCCGCAAAAUCACUAGUAGAUUCUUAUCCAGCAGAGGAUCCAGAUAAAGAUAUAAAUCUUGGAUGUUUACUUUUCAAAGAAAAUCAGUAUGAUGAAGCUUUACAAAAGUUCUCUCGGAGCUUAAAUGUAUUAGGUUUUAACGCACAUCUUCAUUAUAACGUAGCGCUAUGUUAUUACAGACUUAAAGAAUACCCACAAGCUUUAAAACAUAUAACAUUAGUUAUAGAAAGAGGUAUACGAGAUCACCCAGAAUUAGCUGUAGGCAUGCAGGCUGAUACAUCAGAAGUGAAAUCAGUUGGCAACUCUUUAACUCUGCAUGAAACUGCACUUACUGAAGUGUUUAAUUUAAAAGCUGCGAUAGAAUAUCAACUCAAAAAUAUGGAGGCUUCAAGAGAAGCACUAAAUGAUAUGCCUCCAAGACACGAGCAUGAGCUGGAUGCUGUUACAUUACACAACUUAGCGUUAACUUCUAUUGAUAUUAAACCAACUGAUGGGUUUGAAAAGCUUCAUUUUCUAUUACAGCAAGACCCAUUCCCACCUGAAACCUUUGCAAAUCUUUUACUAUUGUACUGUAAAUUUGAAUAUUUCGAUUUAGCAGCAGAUGUUUUGGCUGAAAAUGCUCAAUUUACUUACAAAUAUUUGACACCGUAUUUGUAUGACUUUUUGGAUGCAAUUAUAACAAGUCAAACAUCGCCCGAAGAAGCAUUCCAGAAAUAUGAGGACAUUGCUUCUAAGCAUGCAGAACAGUUACGAAAACUUACAAAAGUUGUUCAAGAAAGUCGAUCACAAGGCGACAAUGACCAGGUUAAGAAAGCGGUAGUCGAAUAUGAAGAGGCAUUAGAACGAUAUAUACCAGUGGUUAUGGCACAAGCGAAAAUAUACUGGGAUAUGGAAAAUUAUGGCCAAGUAGAAAAGAUAUUCCGUAAGUCUGUGGAAUUUUGCAACGAAUCCGAUGUUUGGCGUCUUAAUGUCGCACACGUUUUAUUUAUGCAAGAAAACAAAUACAAAGAAGCUGCUAGCUUUUAUGAACCGAUUGUAAAAAAACAAUAUGACAAUAUUUUAGAUGUAAGCGCAGUUGUGUUAGCUAAUUUAUGUGUAUCUUACAUAAUGACUUCACAAAAUGAAGAAGCUGAAGAUAUCAUGCGUAAAAUAGAAAAAGAAGAAGAACAACAGAUAUUCGAAGAUCCUCAGAAGAAAUUCUAUCAUUUAUGUAUUGUAAAUCUAGUCAUUGGCACUUUAUAUUGUGCUAAAGGGAACUAUGAAUUUGGUAUUUCAAGAGUGAUUAAAUCCUUGGAGCCUUUUAAUAAACGUCUGGGUACUGAUACAUGGUUCUACGCUAAACGAUGUUUUCUAUCAUUCCUUGAAAAUUUAGCCAAACACUUGAUCGUUGUUAAAGACAAUACUAUAAAAGAUUGUCUGCAAUUUCUUGAAGGCUGUGAAACUUACGGUAGACGUGUGAGCACUGUUAUCGAGAGUCCAUUUCAGGAAGAAAACGUGAAUACGAAAGCAAAACAAACCGUCACGUAUGAAGCACGUUUGCUACGUUACAUGUUCUAUAAACUGCGUAAUAUCGACGACUCUGUCACAAUUAACAAAUAUGAGGAUUUAAAAUAAAGAU